CCGGAGCGGACGUGGGCCCGCAUCGCCGCCGGCCCCGCAGGUCCGAGCCCGACGAUGCUGCGAGCGCCGGGAGCUUUGUGCGCUCGGCUCCCGGCUCCCGCGUGCCCGCACUCACAGGAGUGAACAGGUCAUGGCACGUCUAACAAAACGGCGACAGGCGGACACAAAAGCCAUCCAGCACCUCUGGGCGGCCAUCGAGAUCAUACGGAACCAGAAGCAAAUCGCCAACAUCGACCGCAUUACAAAGUACAUGUCUCGAGUCCACGGUAUGCACCCAAAAGAGACCACGCGUCAGCUGAGCCUGGCUGUGAAAGACGGUCUCGUUGUCGAAACCUUAACAGUAGGCUGCAAAGGCUCAAAAGCCGGUAUUGAGCAGGAGGGAUACUGGUUGCCGGGAGACGAGAUCGACUGGGAAACAGAAAAUCAUGACUGGUAUUGUUUUGAAUGCCAUUUGCCUGGAGAGGUGUUGAUAUGUGACCUGUGUUUUCGUGUGUAUCAUUCCAAGUGUUUGUCUGAUGAGUACAGGCUUAGAGACAGCAGUAGUCACUGGCAGUGCCCAGUAUGCAGGAGCAUCAAGAAGAAAAACACAAACAAACAGGAGAUGAGCACGUACUUGCGGUUCAUUGUCUCCCGCAUGAAAGAGCGGGCCAUAGACCUUAAUAAGAAGGGCAAGGACAACAAGCACCCGAUGUACCGGAGGCUGGUGCACUCGGCGGUGGACGUCCCCACCAUCCAGGAGAAGGUGAACGAGGGGAGGUACCGAAGCUAUGAAGAGUUCAAGGCGGACGCGCAGCUGCUUCUGCACAACACCGUGAUUUUCUACGGAGCAGACAGCGAGCAGGCGGACAUAGCCCGGAUGCUGUACAAGGACACCUGCCACGAGCUGGACGAACUACAGCUUUGCAAGAACUGCUUCUAUCUGUCCAACGCGCGUCCUGACAACUGGUUCUGCUAUCCUUGCAUACCUAACCAUGAGCUCGUUUGGGCCAAGAUGAAAGGCUUUGGGUUCUGGCCCGCCAAAGUCCUGCAGAAGGAGGACAACCAGGUGGACGUCCGCUUCUUUGGUCACCAUCACCAACGGGCCUGGAUCCCGUCGGAGAACAUCCAGGACAUCACCGUGAAUGUCCACCGGCUGCACGUGAAGCGCAGCAUGGGCUGGAAGAGGGCCUGUGACGAGCUGGAGCUGCACCAGCGCUUCCUCCGCGAGGGAAGGUUCUGGAAGUCCAAGAACGAGGACCGGGGGGAGGAGGAGGCGGAGUCCAGCAUCUCGUCCACCAGUAACGAGCAGCUGAAGGUCACACAAGAACCGAGAGCAAAGAAGGGACGACGCAAUCAAAGCGUGGAACCCAAGAAGGAAGAGCCAGAGCCGGAGACGGAAGCCGUGAGUUCCAGCCAGGAGAUCCCCACGAUGCCUCCGCCGGUCGAAAAGGUGUCUGUGUCCACUCAGACCAAGAAGUUAAGUGCCUCCUCCCCACGUAUGCUGCACCGGAGCACACAGACCAGCGGCGACGGGCUGUGCCAGAGCGUGUGCCACGACAAGUACACCAAGAUCUUCAACGACUUCAAGGACCGCAUGAAGUCCGACCACAAGCGGGAGACCGAGAGGGUCGUGCGGGAAGCUCUGGAGAAGCUGCGCUCCGAAAUGGAGGAAGAGAAGCGACAGGCGGUCAAUAAAGCGGUGGCCAAUAUGCAGGGCGAGAUGGACAGGAAAUGUAAGCAGGUGAAGGAAAAGUGUAAGGAGGAGUUUGUGGAGGAGAUCAAGAAGCUGGCGACGCAGCACAAACAGCUCAUUUCGCAGACCAAGAAGAAGCAGUGGUGCUACAACUGUGAGGAGGAGGCCAUGUACCACUGCUGCUGGAACACGUCCUACUGCUCCAUCAAGUGCCAGCAGGAGCACUGGCACGCGGAGCACAAACGCACCUGCCGUCGGAAGAGAUGAAGGCGGGCGUCCCGGGCCGGCGCGUCUCCGCAGACACAGCGGUUUUUGUUUCCAAGAAGCCAAAAUUGUUUAGAAUUUGCUUCCCAUUUUGCACCAGCCUUUAAACACUUUUCGUGAAGAAAUUUUGCACAGUAGUUUAAAUCUUUUGUUAAUGCUCCUCCGGAGUUUUUCAGGGGGUCAAAGUAACAUCAGUGGAGGGUAUUAUUUUAAAUAAAUUUUAAUUGAGAAUUUGUUGCAUUUUCAGCAAAUUUUAAAACAUUUUUAGGUUUUACAGAGAUUUUAACCUUUAAACAACAGACCUUUAAAAAACAACAGGUGAAUACAAGCGAGUUUAACAGAGACACAUUUAAAAUAGAUCUGAAUGUAAGAACUACAGAACUGUUUCAGAAAUAAAACAUACUACCUUGAUGUGAAAUUUAUUUCUUAGCCUUGUUGAGCUGGUUUUGUUCAGCUUAAUUUACUGUUUAAAGGCAUUAUCUGUUGGUUAUGCCAGUGGGUAUAUGAUUGAAUUUAGGGAACAGGGUUGACACGGCAGGUGCUAGUCCUGCGUAUUUUUUCUUAAAUAUUUCCCAAUUGUGUUUUUCAUUAUUUCUUUUCAAUAUAUAACUUUUAUAACAAAUUAUUAGCUUUGAUCUUGUAGUUUAAAAUUGCAGGGAACUGGGGUAAUCUUUUACUGAGCUGGAUCUUAGAGAAAAUGAAUAUUUAAAUUUUAAAGUUUGCACAUUUCAUCUUUGUCCUAACAUGAGUGCUUGUAACAAGAUAAACAAAAAAUAAAAAGCCAAAAACUACCUUUCUCCACCCAUGGAAUUACAGAUGAGGCAUACAAAUUUCUUUAAUGCUUCCCUUCCCUCCCCAGGUAUCAUCUGAUUGCCUGUUAUCUGGUGUCACUGCGUACAUUGUAAAUUAAUGCUGAAGGGAAAGAAAGCACUUACGUUUCACAGAGGCCGUUAUGUUUGUAGUAAUGGGUCACUGCCCACUAAUGAACUCCAUCACUGUACACAGAAUGAAGAAUAAUGCAUGUUAAUUUUCUUGUAUUAAAGAUGCCGUGAUUUGUAAAAAGUCUGUAUUUUGCGGAAUGUCUGGAUUAAGAAGCAUUACCAAUAGGAAUGGAUCGAUAGUUGAAUAAGGAUUUUUUUAUACAUAGAUAUAUAAAAUUCAGCCAGGAAAACUUAAAUUACUUUUU